GAUCGCGAUUUAGAAUUCAGUCUGUUGCUCACCGCUGUCUUGAACGGAUGUAUCUGUCUCUCUCACUCCGCCAUCCAACGCGUACGCCGGUUACUCUCUCCUCUCUUUCUCUCACACUCGCUCAACCCCUACAACAAUAACGUGACGUCAUUAAGAUGACUAUGUUUCAAAAAUGAUCAAAAUUCUUGUAGAAAUGUCUUGGAAAUUUCAAAUAGUGUGCGCCGGUUUAUGACAGUGAUUGAAAAUUUGGAUCCGGCUACUGGUUAAUUUGGAUAAACGCCUCGUUUUGCUACUUGUGUGGUGCAGUUCUGCAAAGAAUAACAGAGGAAAGGAACCGUAGUCCAAUUCAAGCCAAAGAGGAAAGUUCAUACCGCAAAAUCUACUUGGAAGGUCAAUUUUGAAGGCUUUUCGGGGUGUGUUAUGCGUGUGCGAUUGCGAUGGAAGUGCGCCUACCCCCCGCGUUGGCGUUGCCCCCACCCCCUUUCCAGCGCAGUGGAGGCGUGCAGGAGUGGCGUCACCUGGACAGUGUGACCGGCGCCCUCGAGACGGGUCGCGUCGAGACCGGGCGAUGGGCAGCUACCACUAGCAAUUCAUCACACCAUUUCGGCCAGGUCGUCGACCUACGCGCGAGGAACCGCGCCGAUGGUAGCCAAGAACAGAGACGCCAGAAGAAGCAGCUGGAGGUGUUCCAGGCGAGCAUCCCCGGGGGAAGUGUGCAGGUCAUCCGCAGUCAGACCACCACCAGCUCCUGGCAUGGACAGAGCACCACUAGCUCCAAGCUGGACAGUGGCAUGUCAUUUGGUUGGUCACAUUCUAUGAACAAUAGCAGUAGCCAGUCAAAGUCAAUCGACAAACGAACGAGCGAUGAAUCGAGCAAUCAAACUAACAGAUCUGAUGACAAAUCCACCAGUCGAUUGCCCGACAUGCAUUUCGACAAUCUACAGUUGGCAAUCCAUCCCCUGGACCUGAGUCCGCAAAAGACAAAAGCCAGCGUCGGUCGCAGUGGAUCGAUCAGUGGUCGAAGACCCCCGACACGUCCGAGAAGCAUAGCCGGCACAGGACAAGGAAGCGAUGUCAACACUAAAUCAACAACAAUCAAAGACCAACAGCAACAGAGAUGGCAAAGCUCCUCCGCUUCCUCACUCAUCUCUAAGACAUCAUCAGAAACAAAAUCAGUUUUCAGUAACAGAAGAGACGAUAUUUUGAAUCCAGUUUCACUGUUCUCCAUCACUGGAAACCGUGGAGAUGUCGAUCUGUUCCCCGUGAGACUGGAAGAUGAGGGAAGCAAGAAGAAACUGUUCAGAAUGAAGAGUUGCUCGAGUGAGGAUCUGCGGUUAUCGCCUGAUUCAAAUCACGAAGAUGCAGACGACAAAGGAGGGGCAGAUGAGUGGAGGAGGGAUUCAUUGGAGAGAAGAUCUCUACAACUUCCUCCUGUUCAACCGAGGAACCUGGACAAAAAACAGACGAACGUGAUGAGGAGUCGGGUUGUUGAGUCGCAUAACACAACUAGACACUCGUUUAUUUCGUCUCAACCAAAAGACGUUGAGAAACAGACUGUGAUCGAUCGAUUGAAAGGAACUGGAUGGAAAAGUAUUGAGGAUGUACUGAAGAAAAAUUUUGAUAACCAGUUGUCAAACAGUCGGAACGGUUUGGAUAGUUUGGUAGAUGGUAUGGUGUCACCUAGUGAGGAACGUUCGGAAAAUAGGAGUGCAACAAAAAAGAAAAACACAUUCAUCACUGUAGAAUCUUUGAAUGCAGUGAGAGGUAGACUGCGUCGAACUGAUUCAUUUUCUGAACUCCUCCCUGGUGUGGAGAGAAGUAAUGAGAAUAUCGCUCCCAUUGAGCAGGAAGAUGACGGCAUAUUAACAGAAUCCAGUACUACAGUGAAUGAUUUGGGAAAAUCAGACCCCAAAUCUGUGAAGUCGUUUGUUUAUGGUAUUGAGACUGUGUUACAAGGCGAUAGAAGAACUGGCAGCUUGGAAACGAGAGGAAACAGUAAAAUUGAAGGAGGUAACGGACUGACUUCAAAAACUGAAGAAUGGUACAACCGGAGGAAAUCGUACGGAUUUGAGCCUGUCCGACAACAACAGCAGUCUAUUGCUAAUCGUUACUCUUCCAUUUGAAUACGAAAAUAAAUCUAGCCGAGUCUACAGAUAGUGGGAUUUGUAGAUCGUCCGAAACAGUAGCUAACACUGCCACUCCAUGGUACACUCCAACGGUUUCUAAUAAGUAUACCACAGCAGAUAACAAUGAAAGUCGCAGAACAAGCCAUACUAUAACUAUUAAAAACUCGUUCAAUUAUGAUAAUCUACUGAGUGAUUCUAAAUCUUCAAGUAGGAUUGAACUGCUUUCAAAAGGAAUCGGGUCGAAAGGUAAGAGGACUGUGGUCACUGUUGGAAAUGAGGACCAGGAUAACUGGAGAAGUCCAUCUGAGAAAAUUGAAGUUGAUAAAAAGAUUGAAAAAGAAGCGGAUAAGUUUGAGACAUCAAAUGGGUCUUCAAUGUUGAGUUCUGCUAAUGUGAACCUCACUACUCUUCAAGAACCUGUCUUGAAAGAUGAGGAGAAAGAAAUUGUUCCCAGAGGUAAAGUAGCUGACGCUCUGCGUAGUCUACGUGAGAAGUCUUCAUUGAACAACUCUUUCGCCGCCAAAAGACUGUCGGAACCAAUCACCAUCUCGAUUCCUUCACCAGUUGAAGACUCGGAAAACGCAGAAGUCAAUGAUUUCCUCCUUAACAGACUAAGGAUCCCCUAGAAACCGACCGUUACAAAUUCAAGAAAUUCCUAGACAGUGAAACCAAGAACGUUCAGACAUCGUACUCGAAACUGAUCUUUGGUGAAGGUAAAAUAAAAACUAUGUCAAAAUCUUUUGACGGGCAAGCUGAUAAUGAUACACCAUCGAACAGAUUUAAUUUGCGACCAGUUUCAAAAAUUAAUCAACCCGAAUUCAAACGACACUCUAUAGCUGUGGAUGAAACGAAGUAUAUAACUAACAAGAAUAAAGAUAGUUAUGAGUUGUCGUCUUCAGCUAUAAACGAAAAUUCUAACUUCAGAUUGAGCAGCAACAGUUCAACAUUCGUUUCUCCGUAUGCAUCCAAGUUGAAACCCUCUGAUAACGGUCUCAAUAAGGGAGACUCAUCUGGUGACAACGACUCAAACGAUAAAAAACAGAAAAAAGUUGAGUUUUGUAAAACGGAGGUACAUUUCGCAGCUGAGCCGGGGAGGUUCAAUAUAGUUGAAACCGAUGGAAAACCUCCAAGCAACAUGAAUUUCCGUAGGAGACGAAAAACCAUUUCAGAAUCCACUCCUAGAAACACCUCCAACCUGCCAGAGAUUCGUUUCGGUGACUUGCAGUAUGAGAAGGCCCUUCUCACCAACAAACCUGACAACAUGAAUGAAGAAUUUAUCAUCAAAACAGUACAGAAAGAGGAUAAUUUGGCCUCUACUACUGUUCCAAAAGACGAAGUUAUCACAAUUCUACCAGAAACUAUUCACUCGGUAUCAUCGAAGAUUGAUGGAAACGGCGAAAAAUUCCACAGUAGUAGUUUAUUGGAUGCUGAAUGUGAACCAAUUUAUGACGAGAAAACAUUGGAUAUGAACGUGGAUAAUUAUGUGAAGCCGAGAAGUAUAUUGAAAAGUAAUGCCACUUUGAAUGAAAACAAAGAUGGUCAAUAUUAUGUUGCUGUAGUUAGUGAUGAUAAACACACUUCUAAUCAUGGAAUUGUCAGAUUGAACGCUGAUGGUGAUGACAUUCUUAAUAAAACAAGUACAUUUUUGGAUCAGAAAGGUU